CAAAACGUGCAGAGCUAGAGAAAGCCUCAGUGCGGCAGGAAAACCGCAUCACGGCACCGAAUAGAGGACCGAAUGCAAAACACACAGGUUAUUCAUACAAUGACACAUGGCCAUGAAAGGAAGAAGCCGUCUGCUGCCAAACAACUCAAAUAAUGGGAAUAUUGUUGUUUUCAUUCCAGUCGACGAGCAUUUUUCCCUCCUCUCUGAUUUUCAAGGAAACCUAGCUUGUUCAGACGGAGAGCCUUUCAACUGGUAGAAAACAGAAUGGAUGAAAAACACCAGGAGUAGCGACCUAUUGUGUGAACGAGACCGAAAAAAACAAAACAAACCUAGCCCCAAGAUAAUUUUAUUACUGGAAUAUCUGUGAAUAAUCUGCGGAAAGACAGACCAUCUCUUCAGUUUCCAGCUGUUUAUAGUUUUCCACCACAUUCCAGUACCGGGAUGCUUUCGCUUCGUAGGGUUUGAGGGAACAAUCAAGGGGUGAAAUAUGGGUGAAGUUCAGGACGUCAGGGAUGUUAAGAAGACGUUCGUUGCUCCUGCAAUAAAGUCUUUUGAGCACUAUGACUUCUCCCGAGCCAAAAUGUGUUGCAGCCUCACAUGGUUGGUGGCCAAAGCAUACGGGACAGACAGCAUCCCAGCAGAUUUGAAGGACCCUUUCUACACAGACCAGUAUGAGCAGGAGCACCUGAAGCCUCCUGUGGCCAGCCUCCUGCUAUCUGCAGACCUCUACUGCAGGGCUGGCAGCCUUAUCCUAAAGAGUGACGCUGCCAAGCCGCUGCUGGGUCACGAUGCUGUCAUCCAGGCGCUAGCUCAACGCGGUCUGUACGUCACCGACCAGGAGAGACUGGUCACUGAGAGAGACCUGCGAAAGAGGCCUCUGCAAAUGAGUGCCCAUCUGGCAAUGAUUGACACUCUGAUGAUGGCAUACACAGUGGAGGCUGUGAGCGUGGAGAAGGUGAUGGCCUGCAUUUGUCAAUAUCCAUCCUGCUACCCUGAGGUGGAAACACCUUAUGACACUGAGGAUGCAGUGACCACCUGGAUCAACAAGGUAAAUGAAUACCUGAAAGAGAUUGUGGCGCAGGAGCAAAGGAAGAAGGAAACGCAGGGCACCGAGCCUGCUGGGAGUCCUCGGUCUCCAACCAAGUGGUACAUGAAGCUUGUGCCUGCUCGCUACAGGAAGGAGCAGGCCUCGACCCAGCCAGUUCCUUGGAUCCCCCCAGUGGACAACCUGCUAAAAGACAGCACAGAUGGCUCGGCCCUGGGUGCACUGCUGCACUUUUACUGUCCUCAGCUGCUGCCACUGGAUGAUGUUUGCCUGAAGGAGAAUAUGAGUCUGGCUGAUCGACUGUACAACCUGCAGCUAAUACAAGACUUCUGCAAAGACAACCUGAACAGCUGCUGCCACUUCAGCCUGGAAGACAUGCUCUACGCCUCCUCCACCAUCAAGAAUAACUACCUGGCGUUCAUGGCAGAGCUGUUUUGGUGGUUUGAGGUGGUCAAACCGUCAUUUGUGGAACCAAGAAAGCUCGAUACCGAAGGCACAGAGCCCUCAUCCUUCUUGAAGAAUUUCCCUGUAAUCCCCAUCUCCAAGGCAACUAAGAAGAGUUUUAUGGAAAGGCCCCCAAGCCCUGAAAGACCCAGUUUACCCCUGCGGCCCCAGCCCCGAAACUCAGGAGAGAUCAAGAGGUCAACCUCGAUGUCCUUUGUUGAUGGCAAUCUCGGUACCUGGCCAAAAGAGAAGAGAUCUGGGCCUUACGGUGUGUCCUUUGACAUCCCCUUUGAUAAAGAGGAGUCUGCGCCUGCCACUGUUCCCUCCACACGUGGCAUGGUCAGGUCUGUCAGCACGGAUGAUGGUUCUGGUUUCAAGGUCCUUCACAUGCCCCGUGGAAUGAAGCGCAACCUGUCCUUCCAGCCAGUGAAUGGUCAGAGUGUCGGCAUUGAAGAGGAAGGCUGCCCAGACAGCCUUGCUGGCAUGGAGCCGAGCAAGCAAGGGUACUCCAACGGACACAGAGGAGUUACAGAAACAACUCCGUCCACGGAGGAAGCCCUCCAGAUUAUCCAAAGCCCAACCAGGCCACCAGUGGAGGGCAUCAACAAUGGUUUCUUUCUGCAUAGUCAGGAACAUGGUGCCGGCGUUGGUGCUUUAGAUCCAGUGUCAGAGGUGGACUCCAAAGGACCUUUGAGCACAACAGACACCACAGAAGUGGACACUGGCAUCCAUAUCCAAACAGAGGACAUGCUGGAUGAAGAUUCCUCUCUGAAAGACUGCUCUGUGAACAUGGAGCUGGACAUGGACACGCCGAGCCCCUGCCCAAGCAGUCAAAGCAAAUCCCCUUCAGCAGUAAAGAUGACUAGCUUUGCUGAGCAGAAGAUGAAGAAGCUUAAUCCAUCAGCACCAGACUCAGGAAGGGGCAGCUGCAGCUCGCUGAAGACCACUCCGGAGGGCUCUGAAUUUGGGCUCCCAUUAUCUGUCUCAUGGGCCCCGACCCCUGAGCACAGCCCGGUCCGCCAACAAAGCACACCGCCCCCUAUUUCACAGCCGUCACCCACACCUGUCCAGCUUCCACCCAAUGACCCCGCUCAGGUCAUGGCUACAGAGAUGGUGCAGCUGCGGAUGAGGCUCGAGGAGAAACGGAAAGCUAUUGAGGCGCAGAAGAAGAAAGUGGAGGCAGCUUUUACAAGGCAUCGGCAAAAGAUGGGCCACUCAGCAUUCCUAAACGUGGUAAAGAGAAAAGGUGACGGUGCAGCAAGUGGAGAAGAGGGAGGAAAAACUGAGGGAGAAGGAAAGUCAGCAAGUACAAGUCCUACCUUUAAAUUUGGGAGGAACAAGGCAGACACACCUGACGGGGCAGAGCAAAGCAGCACGGCUUCCUGUUGGCAAAAAUCUCCCGGUGCAGGUGAGGAAGGCGGACAAAGCCACGCUCAGCUGACAGAAGUGGAUCUCACAGAGUAUACACGUUCAAUUGAGAAACUCAACCACUCUUUGGCCUUCCUCCAAACUGAGAUGCAGCGAUUGGCUCAGCAGCAAGAAGUAAUCAUGGCCAUGAGGGAGCAAAAACAGCAGCAGGCGUGGGUCAUCCCUCCUCCACAUACAAACCCCUUGCCACAGAAGCACGGUCGAGCCGGAGCCGUCACUCGAUCCUCGGGACCCUCUUCUCCGGCUGACUCCCCUCGUUCCACCCAUCGCUCUCCAACCAGCAUCAAACGGAAAUCUGCAUCCUUCCACUCACGUAAUCCUCGCACCCCUCGACCCAGCGAGCUCAAGCUGGCACCCUACAGUCGCGUCCUAACCGCGCCACAGUCUGUCGAUAGCAUCCCAAGGCUACGGCGAUUUUCUCCCUGCCAGCCCCUGGCAAGUUCCUUCGUUUACAUGGGGGAGAAACCAGCAACCGCCAAUUUGGAGACGGUCGCUCCAGUUGCAGAUAAAAACAAGGAAACACAUUCCCUCCUUUCCCCAGAGCGAGAGCUUGUGGGUAUAGCCGGCUCCCCCUCCCCAAAACUGCAGAACAAGAAAGAGCAAAGUGAAGUAGGUACUAAUGCCCAAACCCAGGAAAUAGAAACUCCCCACCAAUCCAAGACCACUGACAUGGAAACAGAUUACCAGAAAGCUCAGAAGUCAGAUAUAGAGCUCAAACCUACUUUAGAGUCAACAUUCCCUGAAGUUCUAGCCCACCCUGUGAUAGAGACCUUCACGGUGAUGCCAACAGAGAUCCCUUUCCAGUCAGAAUUGUCUGGCCAAGCCAAAAGCAGUUUGAUUGAAGUUCCUCUGUCAGUGGUGAAACCGCUAGAGGAUCCAACUCUGGAUGAAAGCCUGGAGAUGCAGCAGGGGGAUGCGGAAAGCCUAGAUGAUGAACAGAAGCUGUGCCGUGGUUUCUUUUUCAAGGAGGAUGGAAAAGCAGAGGAGAACAUGGCGCAGAAGAGGGCUGCACUGCUGGAGAAAAGGAUGCGAAGGGAAAAGGAGAGCCAGCAGAAGAAGAUGCAGCUGGAAGCUGAGCUGGAGCAGAAAAAAGAGGAAGCUCGACUGAAAGCCGAAGAGGAGCGUGUCAGGAAGGAGGAGGACAAGGCCAGGAAGGAGUUCAUCAAGCAGGAGUACCUCCGGAGGAAGCAGCUGAAGCUGAUGGAGGACAUGGACACCGUCAUUAAACCUCGACCCGCGGCAGGGGCCAAACAGAGGCGAGGGCGACCGAAGUCUAUCCAUCGCGAUAGCAUGGACUCACCCAAAACCCCCGUGAGGGCUGCCACAGGUUCACGCCAGCGUGUCUUUUCAGUCUCCAGCUUGUCCCUUGCUUCACUCAACCUGGGAGACAACGACAGCGUUCACUCUGAGAAGAGAGCAGCAAGGCCUGACUCUGCUGAUGGUUUCCUGUCCCCCAGUCGCUCCAGCAGCAGGAAUGGAGAAAAGGACUGGGAAAAUGGAUCCACCACCUCUUCUGUUACAUCAAAUACAGAGUACACUGGACCGAGGCUGUACAAGGAGCCCAGCGCCAAAUCUAACAAGCACAUCAUCCAAAAUGCUCUGGCACACUGCUGCCUUGCAGGGAAGGUCAACGAGGGGCAAAAGAACAAGAUUUUGGAGGAAAUGGAGAAAUCAGAAGCCAACAACUUCUUGGUUUUGUUCCGAGAUGCUGGAUGCCAGUUUCGCGCUCUCUACACUUAUUGCCCCGAGACCGAAGAGCUCAACAAGCUGACGGGCAUCGGCCCCAAGAGCAUCACACGCAAGAUGAUCGAUGGCCUCUACAAGUACAACUCAGACAAGAAGCAGUUCAGCCAGAUACCAGCUAAGACCAUGUCAGCCAGCGUGGACGCAGUGACAAUCCACAACCACCUCUGGCAAACCAAGAAGCCAGCCACCCCUAAAAAAGUAGUGCCUGCCCAGUCCUAAUGGGACUUGAUACCCCGAACAUUUCAUUUUCCUUCUUUGAACAUAACCAGUCUUGGUUAGCACUUCACUGUACAUAUCCAUGAAGAUUCAAACACCUGCAAUGCCAGUUAGAUGAAUGCGUAUUUAUCUUUUGUUUUGUUUGUUCUCCUCAUUGCAUUCCCGUCCUUUAUCCUUCAUAUUCGGACCAGAAGUGAUAAGACUUUAAAGAUCACGAACAGCUGGAAUGUACGACACUGUCGAGGAAUGAUGUAAACGUAAUCAUGUCUGUGUUUGAAAAAGAGAUUUGAGACAUUGUGUGAGAGCACGUGUGACUGAUGUUAUGUGCCAAACAUUAAAAGAAAAAAAAAAGGAGACAGUAUGAAUGCCGGGACAUUUUACUCCGUACACUGAAGCUCUGAAUGUUUUCAAUUCAUGUAUAGAUUGACUUUUGUUCGCUCUACCCUGUUGAAGUGUGGCCUUACGCACGUUUGUUUUAGUGUAAGAGUGAGUGUAAAGCGACAACCUCUUUUGUAUUUGGAAGAAACCUCUUUUUUCUUUUCUCACCUGUGUGAGUAAAAGUUUGUACAUUAAAGUACGUAAACUCCAAAGGGCCAAAAAAAACUGAUUGCAUACAGCUAGCGUUAGCCACACAGGAUACGUGUGUUCAGCUCAACAAAGCAAAGCGGUUCCAGCUUUUUCAGAACCCCUGUUUUUGAGGAAGUGAUUUUAAUGAAUGCAGGACGUUACUGUAGAUCACUGGUUCUCAACCUGUAGGUCAGGACACGUGCAGACAGUUUGUGCUGUACAAUGUCAGUUUUCUGGUUUAUUUGCAUUGCUUCAGCCCAAAAGAUCGGGAACCAGUGUUGUAGAUCACCUCGCUGCUGGUUCACAGCAGGUUUGUGAACAAAUGAAACUCCUCAGUAUUAUUUAUUUUUUAUUAUGAAAUGCUGCCGACUACAACUUGCAGGGUUCUUUGCAGUGUACUAAGAUAUUGUACAAUCACACUCCUGGCCACUGGGAUCAGGACUGAUAUCCAGGCUAUAAUGACACCUACAAAGUAUUUCUCUUUAUGUAACGAUGAAAUAUUAACAUUAAAUUCAAGAUGCACACUCAGACUCUUUAUUAUCAUAUCUGCACCCAGCUAUAAGCCACUUUUGGCCCACCAAAAUUAAGUAAGAAUAGCUAGAAUAUAGCACAUGUUAGAUUUCUCAUAGUUGCAAAAGAUAUGUUCUGUUAUUUACAAGGUAAGUGAUGCAUCAAAAUAAGUAGCUUCUCCCAGUUUAUUAAAAAGGCCACAUUAUGAAGUGUUUGUGUCAUUUUCAACAUGUCUAUGCGUCUUUUUCACCACAGAAACGGGUUCAACCUGAACAACUAAAACGUGUGUGUCCAUCAUCUAAAUGCAGCACGUUGUGAAUUUAUAGUAACAUUGUUAUUUUGCUAGAUUUAUUUUUUUCUAUUAACACUAGGAUGAGAUUCACACAAUAAUGCAAGGCAGAAUAGGGCAGGUAGAUCCUUGUUGCUGCAUACGGGUAGAGUCUCGCCAUUUGGUUUAACCGGCGUCAGCGUUGUGUUACUUUUGCCACUGAAUGUCAAAUCCAACACCAUUUGCAGGUAUGAUUUCCCCCCCAAAAAUAAAUCUGCCAACGUGGUGCUUUGUUUUUAACUGGGGCGUGGGACGGGUGGGGGGUAUUUAUGACCAAAAGAGACAUGUACGUGUUUUUGAAAUUGUAAUCUAGUACGACUGGGGGAAGAAGUGUUUCAAUGUUCUUUACUGGAAGGAUGUGUCAGCAGAAAGCUCGGUCUGCCUGCAUUUGGCUGUUUUAAGGCCAAGGUUAAAAAGAAGAUUAUUAUUUAAACUGUAAUGAUAUUGUGCAGUGUGUUCAUGUGAGCAACUUAUUCACUAUGAUGACUUUGUUUUUGUUUCGUCAGACGCUGUGCCCUCAUUCAACAUGUGGCUGAACAUGUAGUGUCAUUUUUCUUUUUCAUUUUGCAUUAAAUAAAAUAAAGCAUGACAUCAG